CAUAUGAUGUAGCCUAAUAUUCAGCAAAUUGUCAAUAAUUUGCCCAGUUGUAAAAUACUACCAACGGCUUUUGGAUUUGCAUAGAGCAGUUACAGAACGCCCUCUUCAAAAUGGAAUCAUAUCUCUCACACACAAGGGCAAAACAGUAACCGAUACACGUCCCUGCUGGAGAUGAUGACUAAAACGAAUAGUCUACGUAGACUACAAACAAGAGGAGAGCGCGUGCCACUAACUUCCUCACAAUUUCUCAAACUCUCAGAGAACAUAGAGAGGUAUAAUAUAUCGAAACAACAGCGUGGUGAUAUCGAGAAAUUAUUGUAUAACCUAGAUACAUUAUUUUAUCGAAGUCAUCGCCACCUUGCCGUUUCCAGUUUCACCUUGUCAAUCUACUGCGCGCGAAUUCACAGAAGAUAGUUUAAGUGAAUACUUUUCAGGUUACUUUGUCUCAGGACCAAGUAUGCAGGUGUUGGGCCAGCAGGCUGGUGCUAACCUCUGGGUCACCAGUAGUCCCAUGGUGGUCCAGAGCCUGGGUCCAGUAUCUCCUGUCACGAGUCAGUCCUACACCUCUGUGCCUCUGGUACCACACCCCCAACCCCCACAAGGCCUGGUGGUACCGUACACAGAUACCAGGUCCUUGUUCUCCAGAGACUCCCUGGCAUCCACCACCCUGAGCCUAGCAGAGACCCACUCAGUUCUGAGUGGCAGACAGGAGUGGCCCUAUGGCUACCGGGUCCUUCCUCCACUCUGCCCACAACAGGGUUCCACCCAGGCCAGCAAGGGGGGUGAGCUGCUCAGCCUGCCCCCUGGCACUGCCAUGUCUGGGGGCACCAGCAUCUCCAACUUUGCCUCCCUGCCCUCCUACCUGUUUGGGGGAGAUGCCAACAGCCCCCGGCAGUACUCAGCCCACUCCAAAAAGAGGGCCCUCUCCAUCUCACCUCUGUCAGACGGCUAUGGCCUUGACUUCAACUCCAUCAUCCGUACCUCACCCACCUCGCUGGUGGCUUACAUCAAUGGCUCCCGGAGCUCUCCGACCUCCCACCACACCCUUUCACCCCUCCAGCCUGAGGUCUAUGGCCACUUCCUGGGGGUGAGAGGGAGCUGUAUCCCCUAUCCUCAGACUCCAGGCCUCCUCAGCCUCACAGCCUCCACGCUCGCUCUGACCCCACUGAGUGACCCCCAACUUGAAUUGGAGUGUGGCCGCAUGCAGAGGCUGGAGCAGGGCAGGACGCUGGAGAGCCAGAUGGCUAACAUGGUGGUGGAGCAGCAGUGUCUCCCAGAGGAGGGAAGAACACCACAGAGGGCUGCCAGUAACACUAAUGACCUGGUGCCAUCUCUACACUUUCAGCUUGAGUUGGCCACCAUCAUCAGAUCAGAUAGUCCACCGCAGGGCCUCCCACCUCCUUACCACUCUCACUACCAGCACUGCCACCUCCAAAGACCUCCUAGCCACAUCCAGGAUCAGUCCCAGGGCCCUGUCUCUCAGCCCCCCCCAGCUCCCCCUGGGCAUGGGACCAGCCUCGUGCCCCAUCCCCUGUCCCUCUUCCCCAUGCUGGAGGAGGGGGAGCUGGAGGACUACAGUGGGGGGCACUGCUGCCGCUGGGUGGACUGCAGUGCUGUGUAUGACCAAAAGGAGGAGCUGGUUAGGCACAUAGAGAAGCGCCAUGUGGACCAGCGGAAGGGCGAAGACUUCACCUGCUUCUGGGCGGUGUGUCCACGCAGGUUCAAGCCGUUCAAUGCCCGCUACAAACUCCUCAUCCACAUGAGAGUCCACUCUGGAGAGAAGCCCAACAAGUGCACGUUUGAGGGCUGUCAGAAGGCUUUCUCUCGGCUGGAGAACAUGAAGAUCCACCUGCGCAGCCACACUGGAGAGAAGCCUUAUAUAUGCCAGCACCCCGGCUGCCACAAAGCCUUCAGCAACUCCAGUGACAGAGCCAAGCAUCAGCGCACACACCUGGACACGAAGCCGUACGCGUGUCAGAUCCCUGGUUGUGUAAAGCGCUACACUGACCCAAGCUCCCUGCGCAAGCACAUCAAAUCCCAUUCCUCCAAAGAGAGGCAGUUGAGGAAGAAGCUGAGGUCAUCUAUUGACAUGAGCCAAGAGGCAUUAACGGACUGUCUAACCAUCCAACCCCUGCUACCCAGCCUCUCUCCUCUGGACAUGAUUAACAGCAAGCUGGGCCAAUCACCAAUACCUUCCCUAGAUCUCUACACAGAUCUGCUGACCAGUGGGCAGUCUAGCCACUGUGUGUCUCUAUCCAUCCCUUUCCCUCCAGCUGUUCCACAGGGCCAACCCUCCUCAAACAGCUCACACCUGGCUCUGCUGCGCCCCCAGCAGGACAGUUAUAGGUUUGUUGAUACCCACCAACUCAACCCCGGGUCCCACCAACACCAACUGCCUGGCCCCUCCAGUCCUCACACUCACCAUCCUGUCUUAUCCUUAAAGACCAGCACACCCUUGAAUCAUCCCAGUCACACUCCUGUAGUAAACACAGACCAACACCCAGGUUUUAGUGGUCAGAUCCAGAUGGUGUACUCUCCAUUAUACAAUAAUGGUACACAUAAAUCCACCAAGCAGACAAACUCCUGUCACCUGAUGGAGAUCCCAGAGUUUGAUGAUAGCCUUUCUCCAACAUUCACAACUCAGAACAGACUAGACAUCUCCCAAAGAGCUCUGUCUGGGCCCACAGUAUAUGACCUGCAGGGUGCAUCACAGGAUCUGCUUGUUAACCCAGUGCCAGUGAUGUCAGAGGACGCUUAUUUACAUGUCAGUGCAGUGGACCGUUGCCCUAGCCAGCUCUCCUGUAUCUACACUGAGGGGUGACGUCAGCAAAUCUACCUCUUUUCUAAAACAGAUACUCUGUAAUACAACUCGUACAACAACUAUAUUGUUCUCCAGCUACAUGUUCCUUGACAUUGACCUGAGUGUGAUGCCCAUCUUGGGUGAGAACUGUAGACAAGAGGGGACAUUUAGUAGCUUUAAUUAAAUAGGCAAAAUGAACAUGUCCACAUCACUUAUUAACUGAUAUUAGUCAAUGAACAUUGUUUUCAUCAUGGCAAGUCAUGAUAAUUCUGACAUCUUUAGAUGUUGUCUUCAUUCAAGUCAGUAUCAUCAGAUCUCAGAGUCUAAGCCCACGAUGAAAGUGCCUCCUAAAGAUUGUAUACUGAAAACAAAUCGCAGUUCUGUGGAUGCCAAUGAUAUUGAGAUUUGGAGGAUGUUUUUAUGUUUACAUUAUUUGAAUGCAUUUGUACAGUUAUAUCAAAAUAUUGUCCCCCCUUUUAUAGAAUUACACAAUGUAAAUACCAUAAGAAGCACAUUGAAGGCAUAUGUGUGUUCUUUUUCAAAUGGGUGUUGUUCUUCGUAGCAUAUGUAUUCAUUUCAUGAAACAGAAUGUCCUUCGAUAAAUCAAAUAUAUUUUUGUGCGAAUAUGUUGAGGAAUCUGACUUGAAUUGGUUGUUUUUUAAUAAAAAAUGUAUGAUUAA